AUGGAUAUAGACUUUGCACUAAAAGAGGAACAACCUACACCUCUCACUACGAAAAGCAACCCUGAAGUUAAAAGGGAUUUUGAGAGGUGGGAUUGUUCAAAUCACAUGAGUCCAAUGACCAUUAAGCACAGCAUUCCAGAAGUCUUCAGGGACACAAAAUCUGAAGAGAUUACUCAGGCUAAAGGUUUCCUUAACGAAAUUGAGAAACGUUUUGCCAAAAACGAUAAGGUCAAGAUAGCAUUAGUUUUGACUUCUUUAAUAUCUAUAAAGUAUAAGCGUCAAGAAAACGUGAGGGAGUACAUUAUGGAGAUGUUUCAUUUUGUUUCAUGA